GGCAAUCACAAAUAGCUCCAUAGGAGCAUGAUCACAUGACCAAGCAUCAGUCUUUUACAAUUUGAAGGAGGGGUAAAACAUUUCAGCAAAGUUCAAACUGAUGAUAAUAAAAAUAUAAAGUCAUAAAUGCUGCUAAAGUCCAAACUGUACCCUGUUCUGUAGUCUAAAUGAAACAACCUGUCUGACAGCUUCUUUCUUAUUAAAAUAUCGUGUGUUGCUGAGAGGAGAAAUGGAGCAGAAAGGAUUUCAGCUGGAUUCAGAGAAAUUCUCUUGUUCCAUCUGUUUGGAUCUACUGAUGGAUCCGGUGACUAUUCCCUGUGGACACAGCUACUGCAUGAACUGUAUUAAAACACACUUUGACGAAGAGGACAGGAAGGGAAUCCACAGCUGCCCUCAGUGCAGGAAGACUUUCACACCGAGGCCUGUCCUGGAGAAAAACAUCAUGUUAGCAGAUUUAGUGGAGCAGCUGAAGAAGACUGGACUCCAAGCUGCUCCAGCUGAUCACUGCUAUGCUGGACCUGAAGAUGUGGCCUGUGAUGUCUGCACUGGGAGGAAGCUGAAAGCCAUCAAGUCCUGUUUAGUCUGUCUGGCCUCUUACUGUGAGAAACACCUCCAACCUCACUAUGAUGCAGCUCCAUUAAAGAAACACAAGCUGGUGGCCCCCUUCAAGAAGCCCCAGGAGAACAUCUGCUCUCGUCAUGAUGAGGUGAUGAAGAUUUUCUGUCGUACUGAUCAGCAGAGUAUCUGUUAUCUCUGCUUGAUGGAUGAACAUAAAGGCCAUGAAACAGUCCCAGCUGCAGCAGAAAGGACUGAGAAGCAGAAGGAGCUUGAGGUGAGACGACUAAACAUCCAGCAGAGAAUCCAGGAGCGAGAGAAAGAUGUGAAGCUGCUUCAACAGGAGGUGGAGGCCAUCAAUGGCUCUGCUGAUAAAGCAGUGGAGGACAGUGAGAAGAUGUUCACUGAGCUGAUCCGUCUCAUCCAGACAAGAAGCUCUGAUGUGAAGCAGCAGGUCAGAUCCCAGCAGGAAACUGAAGUGAGUCGAGUCAAAGAGCUUCAGGAGAAGCUGGAGCAGGAGAUCGCUGAGCUGAAGAGGAAAGACGGCGAGCUGGAGCAGCUCUCACACACAGAGGAUCACAACCACUUUCUACACAACUACCCCUCACUGUCAGCACUCAGUGAGUCUACACACUCAUCCAGCAUCAAUAUUUGUCCUCUGAGGUACUUUGAGGAUGUGACAGCAGCUGUGUCAGAGACCAGAGAUAAACUACAGGACAUUCUGAGAGAGGAAUGGACAAACAUCUCACUGACAGUCACUGAAGUGGAUGUUUUACUGUCAGUACCAAAACCAAAGGCCAGAGCUGGAUUCUUAAAAUAUUCACGUGAAAUCACACUGGAUCCAAACACAGCAAAUAUGCAUCUGGUAUUAUGUGAGGGGAACAGAAGAGCAACAUUAAAAAGACAAAAACAGUCCUAUUCUAAUCACCCAGACAGAUUCACUUUCUAUUAUCAGGUAAUUAGUAAAGAGAGUUUGACUGGGCGUUGUUACUGGGAGGUGGAGUGGACAGGGAGAGGAGUUUGUGUAGCAGUGGCAUACAAGGAUAUCGGUAGAGCAUGGUACUCAGAUGAAUGCGUUUAUGGAGGAAAUGAUCAAUCUUGGGCAUUACGUUGUGACACACAUGGCUAUGAUUUUCACUUCAAGAAUCUCUCAACUCCCCUCUCAGGUCCUCGGUCCUCCAGAGUAGGAGUGUACCUGGAUCACAGAGCAGGUAUUCUGUCUUUCUACAGCGUCUCUGGAACCACUGUGACUCUCCUCCACAGAGUCCAGACCACAUUCACUCAGCCACUCUAUGCUGGACUUUGCCUUUUAGACUACAAAGUCACUGCAGAGUUUAUUAAACUGAAAUAGACAGAAGUCAUUGAGGGACAGUUGGUAAAAAUGUGUGAUUUAGUUUCCAGUUUCUUUGGUCUCCAUUGUUGUUGCUGUGAACUCGGUGUCGUGCUAUUUCUUCUCUGCACAGAGAUCAUCUGUCAGUCACACUUCAUGUGCGCUACUUUGAUGCCUUACCAUCUUUCAUCUAGAUAAUGACUGAGUUUGUCUGGAUGGCUCUACUUCCAGUGUCUCUAACCAUUACGACUCUCAAUGCUCAUGGUGAGUUUUAUUCAGCUAAACUUAAUGAAACCGCAUAAAUAUGUGAACCUCUCUCUGCUCGAAAUGUUUGAGGAAUAUUUUUGCUAAUGUAUAUUUUUUAAAUUCAAUUCAAUUUAUCCAUGGACCGUAAUAGAAAAACCGGCAGAUUCAUUAAUUCAUUGCACAGAAUUUGUUCUCACUUUGUAAAACAAACAAACAAACAAAAAAAACAUUUAGAAUUACAUUCACAUUCAUUUUUAGAUUUUGUUGUUCACUGUAAUCGUCAUGAUCAUUCAGUACAUUAAUCAUUACUUGAUUGUUCACAGCUCAUAUUCUGAGUCACGAUUGACAUGACUGAGUCACUGAUUGUGUGAAUGUUGAAGUCUUGAAGUGACUGCUCUGAUUUGGUGUUAUAUAAAUAAAAACUGUUUUGAAUUUAAACCAGAUUGAAUGACGCAAAUCUAAAAGUUUACUCCACGUAAACAUCACAUGAUGUCAGAGUGAACUGUAGGAUUCAGACGACUUCAUGUUAAAGGAUGAUUCUGGUUUAUUUUAGCCUGCUGUAUUUCCCAUUAUGUGUCUGUUGUGAUUUAAUGAGUCAUGAACUUCACCCUCCACCUGUGCUGUGCAGUUACAUAAAAACAAUGAAAGGCCAAGAAAUAAUAAUAAUUUUUAAUAUGUAUCAUUUUAAUGAAUUUAUUAUGACCGAAAACACACACAAAUAAAAGGGUUUAAAAUGAGGUGUAUGAGCCUAAAAUAUGGAGAUGAUAGGUGUCAGGCACUUUAUUUAUUGCAUUCUGUGUAUUUUUAUGCAUAGCUCAGGUGGGCCUGAGUGAGAUUUCCCCUCAGGGUUUCUUCUGAUGUAUUAUGGGUAGUAAUAUACUUACUACCCGCAGGGGGCUUACAGGACUUUUUAAAUAGAGUGAGGGGGGGACCCGCAGGACAUCACAAUAUUUGAUUAGUAAAGACAGAUGUAUUACAAUGUGUUACAUUAUUGCACAACAGAAAUGUCUUUUCUAUUAAAUUAUUGUUUUGCAAAAUAAGUUCACACAUAGAUCCUUUACUUAACUACUUAUUGGUCAUCAUACUCAAGUAUGUGUACUGAGGUUUUAGGAUCAAAAUAUAAACUAUUCAUUAGAUUACAGUAACAGUAGAUUACAGUAACUGAUCAUCAGUAAGUAUAAAAGCAGAAGCUCUGGCAGUGUGCUGCUCAGGAGCAUUCAUGUCUGUGCUGAAUGAAAACACAGCGCCACAAUCUUCCCAGCAGUGAAUGUUUCAGUAAAUUCACAGCAAUGCCAGACCGUCCAAAAACUACAAAACUGCAAAAAACAGAGCUACAUCUCAGACUCUACAGGCCUCAGUUAGCAUGUUAAAUCUCUGAGUUGCCAAGUAGCAGCCAAGAAACCUAAAGUAUUUAGAGUAUUUCUGUAAAGAGGAGUGGGCAAAAAUCCCUGCUGAGAUUUGUGCAAACCUGGUGACCAACUACAAACAUCUUACUGCUGAACUUGCCAACAAGGUUUUCUCCACCAAGUAGUAAGUCACGUUUUGCAUGUUCUCAAACACUUGUUUCACUCAAUGACAUGAAAAUUAAUUUAUAACUUUUAUGUUGUGGUUGUUAUGCUGCCUCUCUCCAUUAAAAUUACAGACUGUUCAUUUCUUUGUACAAAUGCACUUCAGUAAAGUACUAGAGUAAAAGUUGCUGCUACAAAUUAAUUGUAUCCUAAUCCUCGCUCUACACUUAAAGAUAAAAAAAAAAGCAUUAUCAACCUUGUCUCAGUCACAAACUGUGGUCUGGUAAUAAUAAAGUCAAAGGACAAAUUUCAAAGCCAUAACAAAUAACCGGUCUGCUUUUAAACUUGUUCCUCUGUUGGUCUCUAAACAGAAUGAGUAGCAUAGCAGAGAAAUGAUGUGCGACAGGGAAGAAGAGUGGGGUGGACUUUGAGGAGUGGUGCACAUUAUUGAGUGAACACUUGAGCCCAAUCUAAAAAUGUUAUUUUAUUAAGAUUUGUAACUUUCUAUUUUAUUAAAGUGAUUCUAAUUUACUCUUUUUUUUGUAGACACAUGGUUCCUAUGACUGUAUAUAUACAUAUACAGCUAUAAAUAAGCAAGAACAUUUCCCUAAAAAUGAAACUACCCAUAACAACCCCCCCAACUGUAAAACACACCCAAUGUGGGAUGUACAUUAGAGGAUACUUACUGACUGACAUAUUGUUUGUUUUAGUCUUUGGUAUCAUUCUUGUGAAUAAAACUUUCAAACAAAUGAAAGAAAAAUAAAGAAAGCAGCUCUCCUUAAACUGAGUUAAAUCUCAUGAACACACCUCGUCUGAACAAACCUGACAGAAAACAGUAAGAUUGAUAGUGAUGCAGUCCACUUCCCAGUGUUCCAGUCUGUGCUGCUCUACUGGUAUUUUGCCAGCAGUAUAACGAGGCUGAGGAUGAGCCAAAGAACCAGGAGGUGAGAGGUCACCAGUAGAAAGGCCACCGGGUAAAGGUGCCGUCUGGGGGCUUUGGGGGCCAAACACUGUGGGAGUUCUGAGGGAGUCUCCCCUGGAUCUAACCCAGAGACAGGGAACCCUGACUGGGUGUAACAGCCCAGCAUCUGCCCCCAGGACAGACGAGAUCUGGAGGAUGAGCAGGGGUGUUUGUGUGCAAGUGUGAAUGAAAGCCGGGGGGGCAGAGAAGGAAGAGAUGUGACGAGAAAGAGAGGGAAUUGAUGGCAUGAAGUAAAAGAACAAAGAGAGAAAAAGAUUAAACUGAAAAAGUUUUGCAACAUUUACAAUAAGCAGAGAACAAAACAGGAAAAAGGAAAGACAAACGAGGUGAAGAAACAGAAAUAAAGGAAGGCAAGAGGAAGAGGAUUGUUGUGUUUUUAAGGUGUA